AUGACAUUUGACACGGUGAAGGAAGUCUCUGAUUUUAUUGAUAAGGGGUUCGGUGAACAGACACAUGUUGUUACUAGUGUUGACAACAAGACCGAGGACGGUCAACUUAAUGAUGGUGAACAGAUUAUAUCUGUGGCCCCAUGGCUUGGCUUCAUCCCUGAGGAUCAACCUACAGGUGAAGUGACGAACGAGGACAUAUUUGGAUGCAUCCCCUACUCUCCUCUUGAUUUGGACAUGGUGUCGAUCGAAGAUGCGCAGUACAAGGAUAUUAAAAGCUAUCUAGCGGAUUCCCUAGAAAUGAAGAUACAGUACGAUGAGACGUAUGACCGUGUACGUCUUAGAACAAAGACACAGCACAGGUUUACCAAACCCUUUAAUGCGGCAGGCUGGAC